GCAGAGCGCCUUCGAGGGGGAGAUAGCGGUACAACGAAGAUAGUCUGAUUGGGGAAUGAACGUGGGAGGUCGUUUAUGGCUGGUAUUGAAUAACUUGUCUGUGUAUUGGACGUGCAGGAUUGUAGGGCAGAGGUGAUGAGAUGAUGAUGGUCCAGAAGAGUGGUAUACCAGACCAAGCAGGGACUUGGCAUGGAUCUGGAUGGAAGUGGUAAGUUCCGCGGGUCGCUGAAGCUUGACCAAAAAAUCGUUUCAUCAGACAGCCGUCGCCGCCGUGAGCGCGACCAGUCAAUCAACACAACCGCUCUUCCACCCGACACAUCACAAGCACCAACAUGGGCAUCUGGGACUCUUUCACUGGUCGCAAGACACCGGAGCAGGCGGCACAGGAUGCGCCCAUGCAAGACAUGGCCGUGACGACAUCGUCGCAGCCGCAAUUCGAGGCCCAGGACGUCAACUCUUUCUUCAACACACCCGGCGCCUUCGACCCCGCCUCGCUACAUCCCCUCGCCGGCCUCAACCAGGACACGCUCGACUAUCUCUCGCUCGACGACCAAGCACUGUCCGAGCUGCCCGGCAACCGUAGUGCUCUCCCGUCGCGCGGCUGGUCCGACGACCUCUGUUACGGCACCGGCGUCACCUACCUUGCUGGUCUGACGGUCGGUGGCGCCUGGGGCCUUGCAGAAGGUCUGAACAGACUGCCAGCGUCGUCGCCGCCAAAGCUCCGUCUCAACUCGGCCUUGAAUGCCAUCACCCGCCGGGGUCCCUUCUUGGCCAACUCUGCCGGUGUCAUCGCCAUGGUCUACAACGGCUUCAACUCCUUCAUCGGCCACUACCGCGGUCAACACGACGCCGCCAACAGCAUCGCCGCCGGUGCCUUGAGUGGCAUGCUGUUCAAGAGCACAAAGGGCAUCAGGCCCAUGAUGAUCUCUGGUGGCCUUGUCGCUGGUACCGCCGGUGCCUGGACUUUUGUCCGUCAAAUGAUCUGAUCAACUAAGUAAAAAUCAGCGCGGGUUGGGCAUUGCAAGGCGUCACGGAUCAUUCUCUAUCACUUCAUGUUUAAAGCGCCUUCUCGAAUAUAAGGUCUAUCCUUCCGAUCUCGCCUCUCCAGUCUGCCAUGGUGGGUGUCUGCGU